AUGGCUCCAAUCUUCCACACCCCAAUCCUUAUGUUCUUUGGCAUAGAUUGCCCACCAUUGGGUUUGGAGUCUCUGAAAGUCUCGGAUGAUCAGCUAGAGUCUUCCUCAUUUUUGAGCAUUGGAUUAGGUCCUCACCGAGGACGCCUUAAUAUACAGUCUGGUUUAGAGGAUGAUGGCAAGUAUGAUGGAGCGUGGUGUGCUGGACUAGAGGAUCAGGAUCAGUGGUUGCAGUUGGAUGCUCUCAGACCAACACUUUUUACUGGGGUCAUCCUUCAGGGCAGAAACUCCAUCUGGAGAAUCUCUGUCCAGGUGUUUGUUGGGAAUGAAGAUUUGGAAACGGCAGUUUUGGCUCUGUUCCCUGAGCCCUCGGUUGCACGGUACAUCCGCAUAAACCCACAGACCUGGUUUAGCAAUGGCACCAUUUGCCUCCGAGCUGAAGUGCUGGGUUGCCUAGUGCCAGAUCUGGAGAACCCACAUUUUUUUGAUUCUGAGAGCGGAUCAUUAGAUGACCUGGACUUCAGACACCACAAUUACAAUGAGAUGAGAAAAUUAAUGAAGUCUGUGAAUGAUGAGUGUCCGGAUAUCACACGGAUCUACACUAUUGGGAGGAGUUACACUGGAUUGAAGCUUUAUGUUAUGGAAAUAUCUGAUAACCCAGGAAAACAUGAGCUCGGUGAGCCAGAAUUCCGCUAUGUUGCUGGGAUGCAUGGCAAUGAAGUUUUGGGCCGGGAGCUCUUGCUUAAUCUUAUGCAGUACAUCUGCCGUGAAUAUAAGCGAGGAAAUCAACGUGUGAUACAGCUGGUAAAGGACACUCGCAUCCAUCUGUUGCCAUCUAUGAACCCAGAUGGAUAUGAGACAGCCUAUGAAAAGGGCUCAGAACUCUCUGGCUGGGCUCUUGGACGCUACAGCUUUGAGGGCAUUGACAUGAAUCACAACUUUCCUGACCUCAACAACAUCAUGUGGGAUGCUCAGGAGAUGGCUACAGACAAGAGGAGAGUGAGCAACCACUACAUUCCAAUGCCUGAGUACUACACCACAACUAAGGCAUUAAUUGCCCCAGAGACACGUGCUGUAAUCAGCUGGAUGCAAGACAUACCGUUUGUUCUGAGUGCUAAUCUGCAUGGGGGAGAGCUGGUAGUCACUUACCCUUUCGACUGCACUCGUGAUUGGAUCCCUCGCCACGACACGCCCACUCCAGACAAUGAUUUCUUUCGUUGGUUGGCUACUGUCUACGCAUCCACCAAUCUGGUGAUGGCAAACCCAGAUAGGAGAAUCUGUCACUCAGAAGACUUCCAGCAACAUAACAACAUCAUCAAUGGAGCUGAUUGGCACACUGUUCCAGGAAGUAUGAAUGACUUCAGUUACCUCUACACUAACUGUUUUGAAGUAACUGUAGAAUUGUCCUGUGAUAAGUUUCCACAUGCCAGCGAGCUUCCCAUCGAGUGGGAGAAUAACAAAGAGGCUCUCCUUUUGUACAUGGAGCAGGUGCACAGAGGGAUAAAGGGUGUGAUCAGGGAUAAGGACACUAAAGCUGGGAUUGCAAAUGCCGUCAUUAAGGUGGAAGGCAUGAACCAUGACAUAAGAUCUGCUGUAGAUGGUGAUUUCUGGCGCUUGCUGAACCCAGGUGAGUAUAAAAUAACGGUAUGGGCUGAAGGCUACUUCCCCCGUAUUCGCCAGUGCUCUGUAGGGUCAGAGCCUCACCCAACCAUCUGUGACUUCAUCCUCACUAAGACGCCACAGGAUCGUCUCAAACAAAUCCUGGCAAAAGGUGGAAAAAUUCCCCGGGAUAAUCAAGUACGGAUCCGUGCCCUGCGAAUGCGCAAACUCCGUGCCAGCACCAAGAUUCUUAAUCGUCGUCGAGAGCAACAGCAGCGCCUUAAAUUGAAACGGAAGUGA